AUGCAGGGCAACAAGAAGGGCACAGACGGCUUCAGCGACACCUCGAGCAUCGGCAGCGUGCUGGACGACGCCGACCGGGAGGUGAGCAGCCUCACGGACCGGGCGUUCCGCAGUCUGUGCAUCUCAGAGGACACAUCCUUCAGUGACUCCGACCUGGCCCUGACGCCGGACCCCGCCCGCCAGGCGCUCGGCAGUUUGCACCAGGGGACGGUGAGCCACGCCCGCAGGAAGAGCGGCAUUUGGAGCCAGUUGCCGUCGCAAGGUACGGAGCACGCUGGCUGGGCGGCCACGUUCCAGCAGCUCCCCAAAUACGUCCAAGGAGAGGAGGAGUACCCUAAAGGCAGCCCCCCGCUGACGCCGGCCCAGAGGAGGCUGGAGGUGCCCAUUUCCGGCCUGAGGAGCAGCAGCAAGCCCAUCUCCAAAGUAUCCUCACUAAUCAAAUCCUUCGACAGGCCUGAGAGCCAGCAGUGCGACAGCAGGCCUCCGACCAGCAAGCCUCCGACUAUCAAAACCACCCCCAAGUUCGCUCCUCUUCCAGAGAGCGGGGUCAACUUCUGCUUCGACUCUGCCUUCCUGACGGUGAGGCGGGUGCCCGCAGAGGUCUCCGGCCCGCAGCCCGGCAGGAAGCACACAGAGCAGGAGCCCCCCAGGAGCCCCGAGGGCGCCUGCCAGGGCUCCGGCGGCCUCCUCCCAGCACCCGAAAACGGGGCCAGCUCAUCGGAGCCCCCGUUCUCCUCCCCGCCCCACAGACCGGCCCUGGGGGAGCCCGGGAGAAGCCAGGAGUGGGCUCGCAGAGGCACCUUCCUUCACAGUGAGAACAGCGCCUUCGAGUCCUGGAGCAGCCGCCAGCCCCGGCUGCAGGAGCGGAGGGAGCUGGCAGAGGCCGCCCUGGAAGGCAGACCCCCCAAGCACUGCGAGGACCUGCCCUCGGUAAGAGAGCCCCAGGCCCCUGCGAGCAGAGCCUCCCCCUGCCGCCCCCGGGCCAGCUGCGGGCACGAAGAGAGCAGGCCGGCAGCGGGCACUCUCUCCGCGUCGGGACCCUGGAGGUGUAGGGACCCGGGGGCUCCAGCGUUCCCCACGGAGGACAGGGCCUCCAGCGCGCAGCCUGACCUCCCGGCAAGGCCCAGCCAGGCCCCGUGGAGAAAAGCAAAGACGCGAAAAGGCGGCACGGAAAGCACGCAGGAGGCUUCGGAGGAGAAGCAGGCCCUCAGGCCAGGCCUGGCCUUGCACACAAAGCACAACCCCCAGGGCCAGUUUCCAGAAAACGAUGCUCUCGGCAGUGUGGACCCCAGUGACGGCUACCCUCCUCCUUUCAACAUCAGCAAGCUGCUGACCCCCAUCAUACCCACCAAGCAUGUCCUGGAUCCGUCCUUCAGCCCGCCAGCCGAGGGCACCCCAUCGCCCCCAGGGCAGCUCAACGGCUACCAGGAGGAGCCCAGCGAGCCCCGGGACAGCUACAGAGCCAGGGCCCCCAGCCUGCUGUUCAACCUCAAGGACGUGCGCAGGUGUGUGAAGAGCACAUACAGCCCCUCGCCCCUCCUAAAAGGCUCCGACGAGAAAGGCGGAGGCAGCCAGGAGCCCCUGAGCAACGGCAUGGCCCUUCCCAACGGGCUGGAGGAGAGCCCCCCACGGGAGCUGUGUAAGGAGAGACCAGCUGACACCCCUCUGCCGCAGGUCAGUGCCCAGAGCGACCCGAAGGCUGAUCCUGGUGCAGCCUCCGCCGACAGCCACCCGGCCCCCCGCUCACCUCCCGCUGCCGCCACUGCCCCCUUCUGUGUCAACGGGGAGGCUGAUGAGGACGCCACCCAUGGAGACCCCGAUGUGGGUGCCCCAGACCCCAGGGAGCGCUGCCCCCGGAGGCACCUGUCCCUGAAGCUCUGCAGUGGGGAGCCCGAGGCGGGGCGGGCUGCGCAGCACCUGCGGACCCCCGGCCUGGAGAGCCGGUUCUCCAGAUCCGUUUCUCAAGAGACAGAGCCCGAGAGGGAGGCCGGACUCCCGGAUGCGAACCUCCGCCAGAAGGUCUCCCUGAAAGUUUCCCCGGGGCCGCUUUCUCCCGAGGAGGAAGAUGUGUUCUACAGCGACAGCCAGUCGGACUUUAUGCCUGCCCUCAAGGGGAAGGCCAAGCUCAGCACCAGCUCUUCCGAUCAGUCGUUCGCCUCGUUCGAGGAUCAGCAGAAGAUGACUUUCCCCGAGAGCCCCCGGGAAGAUGGGACGAAUGGCGGGGAUGCAGGAGGCAGAGAGCAGAACGGGCUGGAGGAGCCGCACCGCGCCGCCGGCGAUGGGUCCCUGUGCGCGGAGGAGCAGAGCGGGCAGGGAGCAUGGCGGGCCGCGGGGGAGGGUGUGUGUGGAGAGAGGCCCAGGAAGGCGUCCCGGGAGGAGGCUGACCUCAGAGGCGCGUGGGUGGGGGGGAGCAGGGACGCAGGCCUCUCACCAUCGUCCACGCCCAACAGGCACAGGCUGUUCGCCAUCAAAGACAACACCCUCCGGGCCACGCCCGUGAUACGGCCCGUCAUGCUGCCCCUGCUGAGGGCCUUGUCCUCAGAGGACCCGCUGGGCAGUGGCCACAGAGAGGAGGAGGUGCCGAGGCCAGGCUGGGGCGAGGAUGCUGGCCUGGGUGCCCCCAAGAGCCAGGAAGUGCCCAGCACCCCAACACCCACUAGCCUGAGGGGCCCACCCUUAAAGCACGUGGCCCACAGAGGGACGGAGGACCAGGGCUGGGCGUCCGGUGUGGCCAGGAGGGAGGCCCAGGGCAGCGUCUCGUCCACCCCUCUUCCAGGAGAGGGCGAGGGGCGGAAGCCACCCCCGGACGCCGGGUGGAAGGCUGUGGCAGAUGGAGGCAGGAGCUACUCCUCAGACCCGGGCGAGCCAGAGGCUCCACGGUGCAUCCCCACCAUCGCUUUGCCCGAAAACAACUUACAAGGCCAGCCACCCCCACAGCAACCCGGAACCUCCUGGGAAGAGCAGACGCAAGAUUUCCAAAGUCACUUUCUGUCUACACCCCGCGUGGGCCCCCCGGGGAGGAGACUGGCUGCCGGGGAGCCCCCGGCUUCCCCCAACAGCAGCUCGCUGGAGGGCAGCAGCGCCCACUCCCCCGCGGCCAGCAGCCUGUGGGACGACGCAGCUCAGGGCCCCUGGGAGCCGGGCCUGAUGCCAGGAGAGCCUUGCCGGCCCGGACCCUGGGCCACCCCCGGCCCCGGCCCCACCAGGGCGGCCCGGAGGGAGGAUCUCACCCACACCUUCACCUGGGAGGCCGGCGCCGACCCCCAGCUGGAGCCGUCCGCCGAGGACCUCAGGGCCCUCUCUCCCGGAGGCUCCUUGCUGGACGUGGCCACCGGCCUGGCUGUCCCUGACCGAGCACAGCCCUCUGCUCAGCUGGAGAGGGCAGCAGCCAAGCCCCCGGCCGUGCCCCCCAAGACGGAGAAGGCCCUGCGGCGGGCGAAGAAGCUGGCCAGCAAGAGGAGGAAGGCGGACCCGGUGCAGGACGUGCCCGGCGGUGCCCGGGAGGAGGACGCGGCACCCAGGCCCCUGUCCCCCGGGGAGAGGCUGCUGCCCAGGUUCCCCGCCGUCCGCGCCCUGCCCCCGCCCGCGCACCGCCACUCGGUGGCCGCCUUCUCGGAGCCUGACCCGAGGCUGCCCGGAGGGCCCCAGUCACGCAGACCCCUGCCCCCUUACCCUGCCACCCAGAAGGUCCUCCAAGACCCCCAGUCCGGAGAGUACUUUGUCUUCGACCUGCCGCUCCAGGUGAAAAUGAAGACCUUCUAUGACCCGGAGACAGGCAGAUAUGUCAAGGUCCCCAUCCCAGCUUCCGAGGAGGGCUCCCCGGAGCCACUCCCGCUGGAUGCAUUUGCCGCCCCCUUCGUGCUGUGCCCCGGCAUCCGGCCCCUGCGCGCCACGGCCUUGAUGCCGCUGCGCUGCUCCUCUCAGCUCUCUGCCCCCACCUUCCUCGGGCAGAGCCCUGGCGCCUGGGAGGCAGCCCGCCCUGCGCCCCCCAGCACCUACCCUGCUGACCCACAGCCAGCCCCCCUGCCCCCUGGCAACCCCGCCCAGCGCACUGCAGGUCCCAGCUCCAGGGCGCCCCCAGGGACCCCAGUGGAGGGCGCCGUAGACGCUCCAAGCCUGGGUAUCAUCUCCACCAAUGAUCUAGAGGACUUUGCCACAGAAGGCAUUUCUUGA